ACGUCCGCGGAUCCUGCGGAGGGAAAGGGAACUCCCGGAGGAAGUUCCCUUUCCCUUUAAAUGCAAAUCUCGGCUGUGCGGACGGUGUCCAUCGGGCGGGGGGCGUCCGGCGGGUUCGGGGUGUCCAUCGGGGUGUCCCUCGGGUUCGGGGUGUCCACCGGGUCCCGGAGGCCGGAGCGGGCCUGGCUCAGGUCAGUCCCGGCCGUGGCGCUCCGGACGGCGGCCGGGGGCUGCGGCCAAAGGGGACAAAGGGGACAAAGAGGCUCCGCACCGGAGCUGCCCCGUCCCGGCGCCGCGCGGGGCUCGGGGGGCCCCGGCGGGACAAAGCGGCGACGGUCCCCAUGCGGUCCCCUGUGCUCCGCUCUCGCCGGGGUGUUUUGGGGCCGAAAUCCUCUUUUCCAUCUCGCCGGGGCCCGGCCGGAGCUGCGGCUGCGGUUCAGGGCCCGGCCGAGCUCCUGCGGAGAUGCUCCGGGCGCGGGGAGGGAGCGGAGCCCCCCGGGAACGGGCACCGAGCUCCUGCUCCGGUCCUGCCGCUGCCAGCGAGCCCCGGGGCGGCUCGGGGUGCCCGUGGGCGCCACUCCUUAACGCGGGGGUCCCGGUGCCCCUGGCUGUGUCCCCUUGUCCCGGGGCUCCCCCAGCCCCUCCGCAGUGCCCCGGGCAGCCGCAUCCUCUCCCCGUUAUCUCCGUGCAGGGAAGGAGCCUCCACGCGCCGUGUCCGCCGCACGCCGGGUCCCGGUCCCGGUCCUGAUCCCGGUCCCGGUGCCAUCGCCCCCAUGGAAGAGCGCAGGAAGAAGCGGAGCCCGCAGAGCUGCCUGGCCCAGCCGCCGCCCGCCGGGGCCCCGCGGCCGCUGCCCCCGAGCAAGAGCGCGUCCUUCGCGCUGCCGCUGCCCGCGCUGCCCUCGCCCCGGCAGCGGCCGCGGCCCCGCCGGGCCAGCAAGGAGCGGGCGCGGGCGGGCGCGGGGGGCUCCCGGGGGGCCCCGCUGCAGCACAGCUUCCUCACGGAUGUGUCCGACGUGUGCGAGAUGGAGCGGGGGCUGCUCAGCCUCCUCAGCGACUUCCACUCGGGAAAGCUGCAGGCGUUCGGGAAGGAGUGCUCCUUCGAGCAGCUGGAGCACGUGCGGGAGAUGCAGGAGAAGCUGGCGCGGCUGCACUUCGGGCUGGACGUGUGCGUGGAGGAGCUCCCCGAGGAGCAGAAGAAGGCGGCGGCUGACAGGAACCUGGACCAGCUGCUGGCACACCUGGAAGAGCUCAGCAGCUCCAUACAGAAGCUGCACCUGGCCGAGAGCUCGGACCCCGAGGACGCGGGGCCCUGACCCCGGCCCUGUCCCCGCCACCCCCGGGACCCCCGCCCGGCCCUGUCCCCGCCAUGGCGGCGGCGGUCGCGGCCCGAUGACGCCAGCAGGCGGCGCCGGGGCCAUG